UAUCUUAUUGCGCCACUGAUAAUGACCGAAAAGUGAAAACAAGGUAACCGUUACAGAACUCAUACUAAAACAGUAACACCAUUUUGAAUCACUUUACUUUUCCCUCUUCAAAUCAACUUUCCCAUCACCAAACCCUAGAUAUUCAUUUCUUCGAACAGAUGCAAUGCAAGACUUCUUCGGCUCCAUUCGCCGAUCCAUAGUUUUCUCAACUCCACCCGCACACACCGACGAUGGACGCUUCACCGGAUUCGCCAACAAGAUCGGCUCUGCCAUUCGCAAAUCCAGAAUCGGCCUCAAGUCUCCUCCUCCACCUCCUCCUCCGCAUAUUAGGUGGCGUAAGGGUGAGUUGAUUGGUUCCGGUGCAUUCGGUCGAGUUUAUAUGGGUAUGAACCUCGACUCCGGGGAGCUUAUUGCCGUCAAACAGGUUUUGAUCGAGCCUGGUAUUGCUUUCAAGGCGAAUACACAGGCUAAUAUUCGGGAGCUCGAAGAAGAAGUGAAGCUUCUCAAGAAUCUUAAGCAUCCGAACAUUGUUAGAUACUUGGGAACUGCUAGAGAGGAAGAUUCCUUAAAUAUUCUGCUGGAGUUUGUACCUGGUGGAUCUAUCUCAUCACUGUUGGGGAAGUUCGGAUCCUUUCCUGAGUCCGUUAUAAGAACCUACACAAAACAGCUUUUAGAGGGGCUUGAAUAUCUUCACAAUAACAGAAUUAUUCACCGGGAUAUUAAGGGUGCAAACAUUCUAGUUGAUAACAAAGGGUGUAUUAAACUCGCAGACUUUGGUGCAUCCAGGAAAGUCGUGGAAUUGGCUACCAUAAAUGGAGCAAAGUCUAUGAAGGGUACCCCACACUGGAUGUCACCUGAAGUUAUUUUACAGACAGGAUAUACAACCUCUGCUGAUAUAUGGAGUGUUGCAUGCACUGUGAUAGAGAUGGCCACAGGAAAGCCUCCAUGGAGUCAACAGUAUCCCCAGGAGGUGUCAGCUCUUUUCUACAUUGGGACAACUAGAUCUCAUCCACCAAUACCCGAACAUCUGUCUGCUGAGGCAAAGGACUUUUUGCUGAAAUGCUUUCACAAGGAACCGGAUUUAAGACCUUCUGCAUCAGACUUGUUACUGCAUCCAUUCAUCACAUGCGAGUAUCAGGAAUCUCAUUCAAUAUCACGCAGUUCAGUCAGGGUUAGUAUCCCCGGUGACUCUUGCAAUCGGAUAGCAACAGAUGGGAUGAACUCUAGGAACUUUUUGGAUUCUAUCCAAGGAUCAACGUGUACAGGCCUAAAGGAUGUUUGUCAGAUGGAUAGUUUAAGGUUCUCGAAUGCAAAUCUUCUAAAACCAGGUUCCUACCAGGGAGCAGGCAACUAUGACGAUGACAUGUGUCAGAUGGAUGAUGAUGAUGAUAUUUUCGCUGCAUCAUCAGUAAAAGCUAACUCCCUACUUGCUGCUGACGACAUAAAGAGUUUCAAUCCAAUGUGCGAACCUGUGGAGGAUGGCUGGUCUUGCAAGUCAGACGAAACACUAAAUUUGAAGAAAAGCAGACUGAACUUGUACCCAGAUCAAACUAUUAGGAUAACUAUGAGUCCCAAACCAUCUCCUAAUGCAGAGAAGGAGUUUUCAUUUUCAAGUGAACCUCUUGGAGUUGAAGAUGAUGAUGAAGUGACAGAGUGCAAAAUUAGAGCUUUCCUGGAUGACAAGGCAUUCGAACUGAAUAAGCUCCAAACACCUCUUUAUGAAGAAUUCUUUGGCAAAUCAAUUGCAGCCAUUCCUCCUGUACCUGUUGAAGUUGCACAUAGUAAAGUUAUUUCAGAUGUCUCAAACGUAAAAUCAAAAAGCAGGUCUCCUAGUCAAGAUAGACGGAGAUUCUCAAUGGCUGGCAUUGCCAAUGUAACAAGCCCAGAGAGUCAUAGAAAAUAUCUUACAAAACCUGUGACUGCUCAUUGUAGACCUUUGCAGGAAAUUCAACCUUCUGAGCUUUAUGAUUCAAAGGAGACUCUUCGUGAUGCUGAGCAAGGAUCAAGUGUCAGCCCAAGCUUCUCCGAGAGACAAAGGAAAUGGAAAGAAGAACUUGCAGAAGAGCUUGAGCGGACGCGUGAGGUUAUGCGUCAAACAGGUGGGGGGAAGAUAACAUCCCCAAAGGAUCGCAGUUUUCUCAGAGACUGAUUGAUUAUUCUUUGCUUCAUCCAGCGAUUUUCAAUUCAUCUUUUGACAUUUUCCUGCGAGGAGGAGGAAAAACUAGUCUUAUCCUUUCGAGGAUUUGCAAGUAUAUAACAGCAUUUACCAUGCCAAGUAAAACCUUGCAAUGAAGAAUUAGAAAUAUUGGCUCGGCAGGAAAAUGUAAAAUCAGUAGUACAUUGAUAUCGAUAUUUUUUCUUCUUUAUCACAAUAUCUUCCGGAUUCUCUGUAUUUUAGCUAGCUAUGCAUAUAGUGUAUUAAGUUAUGUAUACAAAUAUCAUCUUAAUAGAAAAGAAGUGAAGAAAGUUUGAUAUUCCAUUGAGGUAAUUAUAAAUGGAGACAUGGCUAUCUAUUGGAGAA